AGGAAGCUGGGGAGAAAGAAGAAGGAGAAGAGGAAAAAGGAGGAUUUCUCCGGUGUUUUAAGAGACAUUUCCCCCCCGUAUAACUUCUUCUCUCCUUCCUCCACUCGUCUUCUCUCCCCCUCUCUCCCUCCUGCAGUAUUUAUGUCUGUUUUCUGGGCGCUUUAAAUGUUGAACUUGAUGGGUGUUUUAAACGCCACCGCCGCCAAUGUCUCCUGUACUUGUAACUGCAAGCGGUUUACCUCCCUGCACAGCAUGCAAAUCACCCAACUGGAGUUCGUCCAGAUCCUGGUGAUCGUGGUGGUGAUGAUGGUGAUGGUGGUGGUGAUCACCUGCCUGCUGAACCACUACCGCCUGUCAGCUCGCUCCCUGCUCUCCAGACACGCCCCCGCCCGCAGGAGACACCUGCCGUUGGCCAACGAGGGAAGUCUGUGGUCCUCUGACAGUCCAGGGACGAGCAGCGGCCUGAAUGAGCAGCAGGUGUAUGCCCCCCGUGCUCCAGACCGAGGCGUCCCCCCAUCCUACCUGCAGCGGGACCCUCAGCACCCCCAGCCCCAGUCCCAGCCCCACCACCAGUCGCAGCGCUUCCAGUCGCCGUACCCCCCGAGUCGAUUCCAGCCCACCUACCCCUACCUGCCCCAGAGCCUGAUUGACCUCCCGCCCACCAUCUCGCUGUCGGAUGGGGAGGAGCCGCCACCGUACCAGGGCCCCUGCACCCUGCAGCUGCGGGACCCGGAGCAGCAGAUGGAGCUGAACCGCGAGUCGGUCAGAGCUCCGCCCAACCGAACAGUGUUCGACUCGCACCUCCUCGACCCGUCAAACUCUUGUCUACAGGCCAGCCUGCAGGCUCCUCCUCCCAGCGUCCAUGCAGGCAUCAGCGUACUGGAGGCCCAGGAGGCGUCGGCACGGCAGCAGAAGCAAGGUUCCCGAGUCGAGGGAGCCCCGCCGGCCUACAGCGAGGUGAUCGGGCACUAUUACCAUCCAACGUCCCUGACGCCCAGCCUCAGCCAGAGCCAUCGGACUGCACCUCCGUCAUCGCUGAUACACGGUCUGCUGCGGCCUCCGCCUCAGCGACAGAGAAGUGUGGACAACCGGAAUGCCAGGAACACAAAGGAGAAAUCCCACAAGCCCCAGCAGGUGUGACAGCGCUGUCGUCACAUCCUGUAGCCCCUGCUUCUUCAUUCCUAGCCGAUGGGAAAACCCAAAUAAUGUCCACUAGCUGUUGGGGGAAGUCCAUUAAUGGUCAGUAGCCAAUGAGGACAGGCCCCGGUUAAUGGCUAAAUUCACCCUUUAAGGUUUAAGUCAAGAUUGGGUGUUGAAGAAGCCGACCCCCUCUCAGCUUUACAGGGCUGCUUCACUUUAGUUGUAGGUGAAUUUGCUCCUCAGAUAGCUGACAUGGUCAGUUUUGCGAUUUCCCCGUCUCAGGGUCAGUCUGGGAUUGGGAAACAGCAAAAGCUGACAGCACUGUGGGGUAAGAACAUCCAGCACCCAGGAGAACAUCUGGUACUUCCUGUUUCACAGCUUCCUACUUCCUGAACCGACGAUGAUGAUGAUGAUGAUGAUGAUGAUGAUGAUGACGUCAGAGCAGAAGAGGACAGGGAUCUCGUCCCUCCUCUGUCAGACUGACCGUACAGCGAGUCUUUAUUCAUUAUAAAUAUUUACUUGUUGUUCUGUUUGUUUCGGUAGAACUUGUUCUGUUUUUUUGUCUGUUUGUUUGUCUUUUUGUGCUUACACAAAAUUCCUAUCUCGGCAAAUGGCGAAAUGUUGCAAUCUUCUGUCCAGAUUGUUAGGAUUUGUUCUGUUUUCUGGUGAUAAUCUCCCUCGCUGCUUUGACUGACAGCAACCUGCAGGUCUGUGUGGUAACGUAGUUCUGGUUUAAGUUCCUUCACAUCAGUUUGAGGGAGAACAUUGGUUUGGGAGGAUGAAACAAACCUCUUUGCUUGUACCAGACGUUUUGUUUUGCAGUUGAAUCUCCCACGUCUGUGUUUGGUCGUCAUUCAGGACAACACAGUCUAUCGCUGACAGUGACUCCUGCACCAGGCUUUUGCUGUAUCACUGGGGCAUGUUAGCAGAUUAGCAUAUUAGCACAUUAGCUUUUCAGUCUAUUUCCAGAUAGAGUUUAGCUGUAGUUAGUGUUAUCUCUAAGCUAGCUUGGCAGUUGUAGCGAAGUCCCGUGAGCUCAAAGUUCUGCCUUAUAUCGACCAACCGAUGCAGAAGUUGUCGCUAAAAUACUUUUUGAGUUUUUAGAAAGUUAGACUUACUUUUCUGAAGAAGGUUUGCACAAGGUUCAAGACUGUUCAUCACACAGAAAAAAGGAAAUCUGCAAUAUGUUUGACAAGAGAGGGGACAGAGAAAGUAAUGGUAUUUUUCUAAACUUGAUUGAUUCUAAAGAGUUUUUUGUUUGUUUUUUAUAUGUUGUUGUCUAGCUCUUAAAAAAAGAUCCGUAAUCUGUUGGGCUGCCAACUUACACGUUUAACAUUUUGCUACAUACAUGUUGGCAUGUAUAUAUACGGUAAUAUAUAUAUGUACACACGUAUGCAAACUGAGAGCGAACUUAAAAGCACGACUUUAGACUUAUUUAUAUAAUUGCUGAAGAGAAUUGCACUAUUUUUUUAUGCGCAGAUGGAACGUGUGAGGGAGACUUAUUGUGAAGGAGCUCUGUCAGGGUGGAUGUGAACAGAAUAAGUAGGAGAGCCCUGGAACUUCUGCUGCUGUAUGUGUUUCCAGGGGGACUUAACAGAGGGACGGACCACCACAGUGCACAGCACCUUGUAUCACGACAAAUAUGUCACAGGGAGACUCCGACUGAGAUUCUGCCCAGAGACCCGGACACAACCGCCACCAUACCAUUGAUACAAAAAAAAAAUCCCAGUUUAUGCAAAUGUCCGAGUCCUGCGAGCCAAUCACAAGUCAGGAUUCAACCUGAGGGCCCAAUCAGAAACUCUUGUUGUAUCUCUCUCUCGUCCUGUUGGCUAAAUCACCAGCCAAUCCCAAACUGACACAGCUGCGCUCUUUGAUUGGUCACUUUGGCGGACUACCUCGAACAAACGAGUCAAGCACAAACGAGUUCGCGCUCGUUAAUCAGACUUUUUUUUUUUAGAGUGAACACACAAGUAAUCAAGACGACGUGUGAUGUCACACCAGAGCUGAGGGAUACGGCUGCGUCUCGUUUUCUGGGAGAGAGACGAUAACACCUCACAUCUCCUCUGCACAGAGAGCUGAACAGCCCAUAAUGAGUGAUACACAGAGACUGUGCACUGUUUUGGACACACACACACACACACACACACUCUCGCACACACACUCUCUCACACACACACACACAUACUCACAUAUACACACACACCCCUCUGGUAAGACCGUCUCUCUUGCAGGCAUCUCUAAGCACUUUACUGCACCAGGCAAGAGACAACAAUCCUCUUUCAGCCAGCACUGGGCUCAGGGCUGUCGCUCACCGCCACGCAUUGAAACCAUGCAUUGAAACUACGCUUUGAAACCACACAUUGAAACUGCAUGACAUUAAAAUCAUGCACUGAAACCAGGCAUUGAAACCACUCAUUGAAACCACAUACUGAAAGCACGCACUGAAAGUAGGCAUUGAAACCACAUAGUUAAACGACAUAGUUAAACCACGUAUUGAAACUACGCAUUGAAACCACGCAUUGAAACCACUGAACCAGUACCAGAAUGGUAUUGCUUACUUUCUGUGCUUCAUUUGUCUGACCUUCACACAGAAAGAGGUGUAGAGUUUUAUUCCAACAUGUUUCAUAUCCUCUUUGUGGGAAAACAAACAUUUUCAUGAAGUAAAUCAUUUUGUCAGCGACUGAGUCUGAAAUCUCCAGGAUCCCGUGACUGAUCAGGUCUCAGCUUCUUUUUCCCCACGGUGGAUAUUUUUCAUGUUGGAGCAGAACUCUGUGUGUGUUGAGCACAGCACGGAGACGAGAUGCUGCAAACUAGACACACAGAAGUGUUGACAAAUGACACGCGUGUUCCCAGCAGCUCCUCUCGUGUUGCCUCUUUCUUCUGUUGUGUGGAGCCGAAAGCAGCACUAACAUCCCAUCACUGCAUUAACUUGGAUCAUCGUGAAUACAUAUCAUUAAUGUGAAAUUUAACAUGAAUCAGGCCCUUUAGUGUCUAGUCCUUAUGCAACAGCGCCCUCCACAGGGACAGAACCAAACUGCACCAAAAGCCCCUGAGACAGAGUGAGCUGAACGUUGGCGCGGUAGCCUGAGGAAAGGAGAGACUUAAAAGGCCAAAAAAAAA